AGUGUAGACAGCCUAAGCACUAAUGACAAGUUUUGUUCCCCCUUUUUGUCUUUUUCAAAUGUGCAGAUUAAGAUUAUGAGAGCUGAAGAUGGCUUCUGGGGUGCAAUCAUUUGAAUACUGAAGGAUGUAGCAUUAGUGGCCAGGACCUCGCUGGCUUGCUCUGCGUAGCUCUCUGAAUAAACACAGGACAACACAGGAAACUUUAACACAAUUCCAGUUAAAGCAGAGCACGGCGUUGUUCCAUUGCUCAAACUGGCUGGGUCAUUGCCUUCAUAAAUUUUGAUCGACGUGGAUUUGUUCGCUAUUUUUUUCACCUGUCUCUCUCUCUCUCCCUCUCUCCGGCUCUCUCCCAGUGUCUCUUGUCUACAAUAGCAUAGUGGCGAGAUCUGCACAUUGCAGAAUUCCGUUGAUUGGUGAGAUAGCCAAAGGGAAAAACUGGAUCAAAGUUCGCUGACAUGCUGUGGCAACCAGGUGCGCAGUGAAAAGUCAGGGGGGGGGGAGGUCUGGCCGUGUUCUGCGGACGGAAGGAUGAGGAACCCGGGAACUUUUUUCAGGUCUGGAAGACUCGUACCCUUGUGAUUGUGUGUGUUCGUGUGGGGUUCAGGAAGGCUUGGUUGCGAGACAAGACCAAUCAUUUGUCUUGAUUCUCUGGGCUGAGAAUAGGCUAACUGAGGGGGACGGGACGAGCAAACCCCUCUAUCAAGACCUGAUCUAUUUCCCCAAACAAUUUAGUGUAUUCAUGAGGUUACGCAAAUGUGGAGGCAGCAAAAUUACCGUAAUCAAUUGAAACAGCGAGUGUGCAUCCAUGGCUCUGAUUAUUUGGAGAUCAUCUAUCAGCCUGAUGUCUAUGUAACGAGGAAAGGGGGGCAUUGAAUUACUGUUCAGUUUCACUAAGAAGUCCAUGAUCAUUGGGCAAGGGAUUUUGGUCAGUGAUAAUAGGGCACCUUGGUCGGGCGACGGAAGUAUUUCACCAAAUAUUAGAUAGCUGACUCUGCCCUGCUGAAAGGUGCUGUUUUGAAACUAAAACCCAGACUGUCCAGACGAUCUGGUGCACCGUGUUCUCCGUAAUCUCCUUUUUUUUAUACGUGACAAAGGAAAAAAAGAGGCGGACGAGCUGCAGGUCCAAGAGGAUAAACUGAGCAUGGAGGUCAGGUACAACCAAGAGACGGAAGGGAUGGGGCUGAAGAAUGGACUAAAGAAGGGAAAAGAUGACAAGGACUCCCAAGGCAGCUUGUCCAAAAGCUUCCUCAAGGAGCAGCAGGACUCCUUUUCCCCUUCUGGGACCGUGGACAACUGUGAGAAGAACAGGGGGAGCACGGGGGACCCGGACUACUGUCGGAGAAUACUAGUCCGAGAUGCUAAAGGCUCUAUCCGAGAGAUUAUCCUGCCGAAGGGUUUGGAUUUGGACCGGCCCAAGCGAACCCGCACCUCCUUCACUGCAGAGCAACUCUACCGGUUAGAGAUGGAGUUUCAGAGGUGCCAGUAUGUGGUUGGGAGGGAACGGACAGAACUGGCCCGUCAGCUCAAUCUGUCUGAAACUCAGGUGAAGGUCUGGUUCCAGAACCGACGCACUAAGCAGAAGAAGGACCAGGGGAAAGACUCUGAGCUGCGUUCAGUGGUUUCAGAAACUGCAGCGACCUGCAGUGUCCUCAGACUGCUGGAGCAAGGUCGGCUGCUGACGCCUCCGGGCUUGCCGGGCCUCCUGCCCCACUGCGGUAGCGGCACGCUGGGCUCCACCCUGCGCCCUCCCUCCAUGGCCAUGGCCAGCAACGGCAGCAGUAGCAGCAGCAGCAGCGGCGGCAGCACUGGCACGGCGGGCGGCAGCCCUCCUCUACCCGCCGUGACUAGCUCAGGGACAGUGGUGGGCCUGCAGAGCUCACCGGCGGCUCACAACCUCUUCAGCUUCCCCAUGCCCACCUUACUCAGCAGCGUCGCCACCCGCAUUUCCUCCAACCACCUGUCCAUGGCCGGCUCACUGGCUGGAAACCUACAGGAACUUUCUGCCCGCUACCUGAGCUCCUCUGCUUUUGAGCCUUACUCGCGGACCAAUGGCAAAGAAUCUAUGGACAAGAAAAUUCUGGAAUGAUUCUUUGUUUUUACAUAGAUGGAUUCCUGUUUCCUCUGGACACGUUUUGGUUGUUUUCUUGGCUUUUACUGUCCUUGUUUGGUUUUGCUCAUUCUCUUUCAGUCCGUGUCAUGUUCUGUAGCAGUUCAUGUAUUCCAGUUGCACAUCUGGCGCCUUGUACAAGGAAGAAAACAAAAACACAACACAAGCUCAUCUAACAAACACAGGGUGGCAGUGGAAAGAUUUUGCACCAAAUCUUCAUAUACGACCUUGUUAGAGAGAUUUAGAGAGACACACUCCAAGGAGAGUACUGAAGGAUCCUUCAGGUUGCUGUUAAACAAAUGUUUAGUCCUGUCUAUUAAUCCAAAACAACAAUAUACAUAGGGGCCCAGAGAAUAUGACUGCUUCAUACCACAAAAGCUCUAUUGCUGCAAGAGAAGUGGUACAUAGUGUAUAGCAGGAAGUACAGGAUUGGUGACAGAAAGUGUAAAGUGAUGGUACCUUUCUGAAUUGUGUUUUAAUAUUUGAUUGUGUUGGGUAGAUGCAUGCCACUGCAGUGAGUAGAUGUAGAGAAAGAGAGUUGUCAAACACCUGAGCCGCAGUUUGUGAGAUCCAAUCAGCAAAUAAAACAAAAAUUUUUUUUUUAAAUGCAGCAUUAUGAAUGAACAAGCAAGGUCGAAUUCUCAACAUAGAAUUGAAGAAGGACAAAAAAAGUGCCUCUGUUUGAAGGUCACUGCGAGGCCAGUGUCGGCACAAAACCCAAUGCAUUUGACGUGUGAAUGCAAUUUGCUUAUGCAGAUGCCUCACAAAAAUUCAGUUUACAAAAAAGUCUUUUGUAUAUCUGUUUGUAUUGAGUUUGGACCAAACUAAAACAUAAUCCAUAGAAGGUGUUGUCAUACAGUACGAUGGUUUAAUUGUUCAGUGUUGUUUUCUCUAUGGUUUGGUGAGGAUUUUAACAUUUUACAACAAAAGUCUUCACUUUGUGGCAUUUUUGUCUUCAAGAUGCAGUACCUGACUUUUUUUUGUCUGUGAUUUAAAUACCACUGUGAGUUCUCAGAGUUUUGGUGUACAGUUUCUAUUUCAUGCAGGAGGUAAGCGCAGGAAUGAGUUGCUGAAGUCCUGAAGAAAAGCUUUUCAGCAUUAGUAAGCUGCUUGCUUUGUUGAACACAACAAGGUAACAGGUGUUUCAAUCAUUAAGACAAUAUAAUAACCUUUCCUUCCUGUGAAAUUUUCAAAAUCCAUAGCCUUCAUAAAAGAUUUAGGCAGACUGAUGCAUGGAGACUGAAUGGAAUUAUUGUAGUAUAAAAAUACUGGAAAUGAGAAAUGUACCUUAAAAUUGUUAUUUUAUUGUAAAUUAUUCACUUCUGUAAUUAAUAGAUUAUUAGUAUAUCUGGAAAAUAAUGAAUGAAUGAAUGUAUUAGCGGGGUUGAGGAAUCAAUCAAAAGCUCUUUGGUGCUGUUGUUGUGAAAUAUCUUGAAAUUUGUGAAAUAUGUGGUACAAAUGUUCAUAUAUAUUAUGUAUAUGGCUACAGACAAAGACAAGUGUGUUUUUCAUUUUCCUUUCAUACAUGUUGCUAUGAAUCAAGUUAUGAUAAAUGUCAUGACUGUUAUACUUCAUACACCAUGGCCUGAUGUGUAUGGUCCUGAAAGUUUUUUUGUUAAAAGUAGUGAUAGACAGAUUAAGAUCAUCUGGCAUUUUGAGAUAAUCGGCAUUGGCCGAUGCCUGCGCUCACAAAUCCAAUAAACAAAAAAUGCCUGCAGACACAUCUGCAGGCAGCCUUGUCAGCGUGGCUGCUGUGGAACAAUGUUAGUGCUCCCCCUUGCAUUGGGAAGGCGGUGAAAAAGUUAGUUUCGUUUACUGUAACGCUCAUGCACCCUGCUGUCAACAUUCACCUACAUUUCCUGUCACCAUCGUCUUUUCUAAAUGUUAACACGUUUCUCCCAUCCUAAAUGACAGCAAAUCUAAUCUAAAACUGUUACUGACUAGCGUUACAUAUAUAUUAUGAUAUAAUAUAUAGAAUAAUGCAGUUGAAUGACGUCACUUCUGACAUACUGUACCCCGCUCUCCCUUAAAUACCAGUCACAUUCUAAAAUCUACAGCAUAACCCAAUGUAUUUUUCCAUUUAAUUAAUUAAUAAAAAUUCCAUCUAAUAAAACAUGUUACUGGCUAAGAUAACCAUGUAUAUUAGAUUGUAAUGUGCAUGGAAUAAUGGAAUUAUAUAUGACUUUUCUUUGUUUUGAUAUCGGCAUUAUAUAUCGGCCAUCGGCUGCCCUGCUCUCUAAAUUCAAAAACCCAUUUCUGUCGACCACUAGUUAAAAGUCAAACUUGUAAUAAUAGCAGCAUUACAAAUUGGACUGAGAGGUUUCAAAAAGCAAUUACAGGAGUGCUAGCAGUCAUGACGAUGUGAUCAGUGGGAAGUUUUAAAUAGAUUUUAUUAGGGCUUUUCAUUAUCAAUUUAUCUGACUAUUAUUUUCUCGAUUAAUUGUGUGGUCUAUAAAAUCUCAGAAAACAGUGAAAAAUGCCUGUCCCAGUUUCCAAGGUGAUGUCUUCAAAUGUCUUGUUUUUUCUGACAAACAGUCCAAACCAAAGAUAUUCAAUUUACAAAGAUCUAAAACAGAGAAAAGUAGCAAAUCCUCACAUUGGAGAAGCAGGAAUCAGAGAACCACAAUUUUUCUUAAAAAAAUAACCUAAAUAAUAAAUAACUUAUCAAAAAUAGUUCCCUAUCGAUUGACUAAUCAGUUAAUUGAUUAUUUGUAUCACCUGUAGAUUUCAUAUUUGCCUGAAAUGGUAUAGCUACUAGUUUGUGACUAGUGGAGAAUAGAUAUUUGACACAGUCAAAGGCAUAAUUCCAAAAGUUAGUGGAGUUAAGAUAUUUCUUUUGUCAAACUACUGUUUCCAAGGUCAAUAAUGAACUUUCACGGUCAGCAUUUGCAUAUUUUCCCUUUUUUGAGGAGCGGGGGGUGUUAAAGAGCCUUCAUUGUGCCACUUCUGAAAAUUAAACCGACGCCCUUGGACACAAGAGCAUUAGUUUACGACGCACACUUAAUCUGCAUGCUUACUUGGACUGAACUGAGAGGCAAUAACAGGACAAUCCCUAUUGAACUGUCAGGAAAGGUGCUGGGUGAGCCCGGUGCGUCGUAGCCGAGGUGUGCAGCAGAACAACUGGUUCCACCAUUAAAGAGAAAACAACACCUUCCCUGAA